CCCUAUCAAAAAAACCACACACAGUCUCUUUCUCUCGCUCAUCUCCGCCACCGGGAAACAAGUACCACGUCGUCAGGGUUUCACGGCGGAGAGUAUCAGUACCUGAUCGGAGAAGCGUCAUCAUCUCCUAAGUAGAUUAUUCAAUGGCAACCAUGGCUAGGUCGUUUCUGCAGGCGAUAUCUAAGGACGAGGCGGUGGCUCCUCCGCUCAGAGUUGUUCAGAUCGAAGGACUGGCUGUGUUAAAGAUAAUCAAACAUUGCAAGGAGUUUGCUCCAACGCUCGUCACAGGGCAGCUUCUUGGACUUGAUGUUGGUAGUGUGCUUGAAGUCACCAAUUGUUUUCCUUUUCCAGUGAGAGAUGACGAUGAAGAGAUUGAAGCUGAUGGUGCUAACUAUCAGCUUGAGAUGAUGAGGUGUUUGAGGGAGGUUAAUGUUGACAACAACACUGUUGGCUGGUAUCAAUCCACAGUACUUGGAUCUUAUCAGACUGUAGAACUGAUUGAGACCUUCAUGAACUACCAGGAGAACAUCAAGAGGUGUGUGUGUAUUAUAUACGAUCCCUCUAAAGCUGACUUAGGCGCCUUAGCUUUGAAGGCUUUGAAGCUUUCUGAUUCCUUUAUGGAGUUGUACAGGGGGGGAAACUUUACAGGCGAGAAGUUGAGAGAGAAAAAUUUCUCCUGGAUGGAUAUUUUUGAGGAAAUACCUAUCAAAGUUUCAAACUCUGCGCUCGUCAGUGCCUUUAUGACCGAACUGGAGACUGAUGCACCUGUCUCACAGGGUGAUUAUGAUCGUCUGCACUCAUCAACAACUCCUUUCCUUGAGAACAAUAUGGAGUUUUUGAUUAAAUGCAUGGAUGAUUUAUCUAUGGAACAGCAAAAGUUUCAAUAUUACUACCGGAACCUGUCUCGUCAGCAAGCGCAACAACAAGCCUGGCUCCAAAAGAGAAGGACGGAGAACAUGGCUCGCAAAUCAGCUGGAGAAGAGCCUUUACCGGAGGAGGAUCCUUCAAACCCAAUAUUUAAGCCGAUCCCUGAACCAUCGAGGCUAGAGAGCUUCCUCAUCACAAACCAAGUCUCAAACUUCUGUGGCCAAAUCAACGGAGUGGCUGGCCAGAACUUCAGCAGGCUCUACCUCACCAAGGCUUUGCACGAUAAUUGAGUACAAUACUACUACCCAAGUUCUUUUUUUUUUAGUCGAGAAAGUGAAAUAUUUGGUGAUAGAACGGAUCCUGUAUUUUUUUUUCCUGGAAGUUUUUUUCUUGUGAAAUUAAAAAAAUACUAGCCAUAUGAAAACAUCA